CCCAGACAAUUAGGCCCAAAUACUGAAACUCCAAGGGUUUUUGAUUCAUUUCUGCUUUCGCCUGCCUCCGGCAUCGUUCUCUCUGUAGAACUUCAGGUCUGAUGAGAAUGACAGUUCAUAUAGCUGAUGCUGCUGGUGGAAUUACCAAUCUUCAGGAGCUGACUGUGAAGCUCUUCAACCACUGGAGCUUUGACAGCGUCCAGGUAUAUUAAGGGUUUUGGAAAGGUUGUAGCAUCUUCCUCAAUCAUUCAACAGUAAGGUCGAUGGAUCGACAGGCUCAUGAUUAUGCUGCUGCUAUGGCAUUUGCUCAGCAGCAGCAACAAGCAGCUAAUGUUCAACAGCAGCAACCUUUUGGGUUUCAUCCACAACACCAACAGUUCCCUCCAUCAGUGCAUGGUCCUCCUUUUCUACCCCCACAUCCUUCUCUCCAACAGUAUCCUUUCCAUCGCCACAUGCCACCACAACCACAACUCCAUCCCCAUCCUCCACCUCAUCCUCACCUCCUGCAUCUCCAGCAGCAACAGCAGGCUCCAUCUGCUUUCCCUCCUCAUUUACCCUCUCACCUUGUUCCUUCACCUUUUCAUGGUCCUUUUGAAUCUGGCCCACCCCCAUCUAACCCCCCUUCUGAUCCUGAACUUCACAAGCGGAUAGAUAAACUUGUUGAGUAUGCGGCCAAGAAUGGCCCAGAAUUUGAAGUCAUGAUCCGUGAAAAACAACAAGACAACCCAGCAUACAGUUUCCUCUUUGGUGGUGAGGGGCAUAAUUAUUAUCGAUAUAAGCUUUGGUUAUCUACACGUUCCUCAGGUGGCCCCUUCAACUCUCCUUUCCCUCCCUCUUCUAUACCUAUGAUGCAUUCUCCUAUGAAUCCCAUGAUGAACCCAUCUUUAAAUGCUCCUCCAGCUGCUGCUGCUGGGGCUUCGGCUUCAAUGUUAGGCACACCUCAAAUGCAUCAACCUCCAUAUCUACCAUUUUAUGACCAGCAGCAGCAACAGCAUCAACAUCCUCAGCCUUUCCUAGGACAUGGUCGACCAGAUUUUGACCCCUCAUCCAAAUCUUUCAAAGGUCUGUCUGGACCACUUCCAUCUGAUGUUGCUAUGGAGCUGAGUAAUGUUUUGAACAAUCUCACUGGUACCAAAGAAUCCAUUAAAGGUGCCAAGAUUUGGUUUAUGCAGAGGUCUCCAUUUGCACCAGCUUUGGCUGAGGCACUUAGAGAUAGGGUCUUUGCUGUGGAUGAUUCUGAGAGACAAUUGCAUAUAAUUUACCUUGCCAAUGACAUUCUUUUCGACAGCUUGCAAAGGCGGAUCAAUCCGCAUGAACUUGAUAAUGAGGCCCUAGCAUUUAAACCUGUCUUAGGUUCCAUGCUUGCUAGGAUUUACCACAACCCCCAAAACAAGGAGGAAAAUCAAUCAAGAUUACAGAAAAUUCUACAGUUCUGGGCUUCCAAGGAAGUUUAUGAUCAUGAUACAAUUUAUGGGCUCGAAGGUGAGAUGAUUGGUGGACCCCCAAGCAAUUCUUUCUCAGGCCCUCAUAAGGAGUUAUCUGCUGUUCCUGUGGAUCCCUCAGUUGUUUCAGGACUGCCACAAUCAGCACACCAUAACAUUCCGCAUUGGCAGCCUGAAAAGCCAAGUUUACUAGAGCAAGAACAACCUGAUAAACAAAUGCCUUCCCUUGCAGCCAUGCCACCGUCCUUGGCUACACAGCAAUUUCUUCCGAAUGCAGUCCCUGCUGGUCCUUUCCUAGGAUCAAUGCCCAUACCAUCUUCUGUUCAACCAGCAAACCAACAACCUGCACUGCAUUUGCCUACAGCUGCUGGCCUUGGUGAAAAAUUGCCCCCAUAUCCCUUAUUCCCACCUGGUCUUAUUCCUGGAAUGGUAAGAAAGAUGCAGAUUGGUAGUGGUGUGCCCUACUCCCCCAUGAGCCCUUUGGACAUCCCAACAGUAAUACCUCCAUCCAAUGUAUCACCAUCUGAAAUUCUUGAGAGAGUAUCAAAGUUCUUUAAAGAGAUUGGAGAGGUCAAUCCUUCUGAAGGACCGAUGGAACCAUCUGAUUCAAAAGAUGAAGAUGAUGAGUAUGAGAGACACUCUCCUGUUCGUAAGGGAGGAGCUUGCAUUCCUCCCCCUCCUAACCUGCAGGUGGAUCCUGAAACAGGGACAUAUGCUGAUGGAAGUGUGGAGCGGAAACCAGGAUCCAGUGGUUCAGCACGGUUGGGACUUGGGGCCACAGCUAAUCCAAACGAAGUGAGCCAAUACGAUGAUGUUUAUACUUCUUAUCGGAAACAGAGAAGCACCAACUACCAUUCAUCAAUGAGUGCACGAGCGGGUACAAGGUGAAAACCACUUCAAUGUAUCACUAAUUUCAAACUGAUAUAGCUUUUCUUCUGUUCAUUUUUUUCCUUUCUUCUUUGGUUGUAUGCUAAUCUAAUACCUUGGGUAUGUUGCAUCAGCAUCAAUCAAUAGUUAUUCUGUGCCGAUUAGAAGUUGAUUCAGCUGAUUGUUGGAGCAUGCAUAGAGUAGGACCUUAGAGUGUUGUAAUCUUCUUAUCAAACGUAAGAGCCAAUUACAAUACCGGAUGUUUCAACUAUGUGCCGUGACAUCUUACUUAACAAAUUUGUACUUGAGCUUGCA